UUUUGUAAGUUUUUAAUAGUACCAGAGGUUUAAAUUGCAAACAUACAAGACCUACGAGUACUAGUUAGUAACUUUGGUAUUUAAUAACAACAAAAGGAAGCCAAGAUUAAUUGCACCUAGCGGUGCAACACGGGAGGCCCAUUUCCACGCCUCAAGGGGCAUCAUGGUAAAUCUCACAAAAGCUCGCCGUGGCAGCUAUCCAGCUACGAGCUAGAAAAAGGCUAGAUCUCUCAGGUGGUCCCGGCACGUACUCUGUCCUCCUCCACCCCCUGCAUAUAAACCCGCUCCCCGACCGCACUCUCUCUCCCUCCGUCCCCCGGACAUCUCUCUUCACAUUUCCCUCUCGAUUUCCGAUAACUUAGCAGCGUCCUGCUCCGCCGUCGCCGGAACCCUAAACGAACGAUUCCAUCGCCGGACAUGGUCGACGUCGACCGGAGGAUGGCGGGCCUCACCCCUGCCCAUGCCGCCGGCCUUCGCCGCCUCUCCACCCGCGCCGCCACCGCCCCCGCCAUAUCCGCCGCCCGCAAUGGCAUCUUCUCCUUCUCCCCGCUCGCCGAGGCCGUUAUCUCCCACCUCAAGGCCUCCUCCGUCCCCGUCCACGCGGGCCUCUCCGACGCCGAGUUCGCCCGCCUCGAGGCCCAGUUCGGCUUCGCCUUCCCCCCUGACCUUCGCGCUGUCCUCUCCCUCGGCCUCCCCGCCGCCCCCGGAUUCCCCGACUGGCGCUCCCUUCCCCGGCUCCGCACCUCCCUUGACCUCCCCCUCGCCGCCGUCUCCCUCCAGAUCGCCCGCGCCGCCCUCUGGCCCCGCUCCUGGGGUCCCCGCCCCGCCGACCCCGACCGCGCCCUCCGACUCGCCCGCGCCUCCCUCCGCCGCGCCCCCCUCCUCCUUCCUCUCUUCGACCGCUGCUACAUCCCCUGUCGCCCCUGCCUCGCCGGCAACCCCGUCUUCUUCGUCGACGAGUCCCGCCUCCUCUGCUGCGGCUUCGACCUCUCCGACUUCUUCCGCCGCGAGUCCGCCUUCCGCUCCCCCUCUCCUUCCCUCCGCCUCCAUCCAUCCGCCUCCGACGAGUCCUCGCCGUCCACCCGCCGGAGCCUCGACUCCCUGGCCGGCAAGACCCCCCGUUGGGUCGAGUUCUGGAGCGACGCGGCCGCCUACGACCGCCGCCGCCGCAACUCCUCCUCCACAACCUCCACCUCCUCCUACGAGACGGCAUCCUCCUCCUCCUCCUCCUCGCCGCUGCCGCCGCCGGAUCCGGAGCGGUUCGUCGAGAUCCGGCCGCCGCCAAGGCUGCCGGACUGGGUCGAGACCUACCUGGACCGGAUCGGCUCGGUGCUACGGGAGGGCGGGUGGGACGAAUCGGACGUCCGCGACAUGGUCGACGUGUCCGCCUCCUCCGACUUCUUCGACGACGACGGCGAGGCCGUGGCGGUCGACACCGAGGCGGUGCUCGACGCUCUGCUCCUCAAGGCCGACCGCUGCUCCGACUCCCUCCGCCGGUCCGGCUGGAGCUCCGACGACGUCUCCGACGCGCUCAGCUUCGAUUUCCGCCGCCAUAGAGAGCCGCGUCGGCCGCCGGUUAAAUUACCGCCAGAGAUCGCUCUCAAGAUCGAGAAGCUCGCCGAGGCGGUCGCUCGAUCCUGACCAUCCGUUUCCGGAUUCAAAACCGAAUCCUUUCCCUUCUUUUUUUUCCAAAAAAAAAAAAAAAUCGUGAAGCAAACCCUUUUGUAACGUUACGAAGAAUGGUACAAUAGGGGGAAAAAGUAUAGCCAAAAAUAAUAACCUGUACAAGUACUAUAUAUAUUUUUAAUAUAUGAGGAGGUUAUAAAGUGAUCAAUAAAUAAAUAAAAGAGGGGCAAUAAUGGUAAGGGGAAUAACAUGAAUGAUUUGGUCCAGCGAAGAGCCUGGGUUUAAUUUUGGUGGUUUGUUUUGGGGUUGGAUUUGUUUGUUUUUAGGCUACUGUGAUACGGGAUCGGUGGGUGUGCCGCCUGUCCCUAUUUCUUUGGUUUUCGCGUUAAUAUCUCCUCUGACACGGCGCCCACACGCUCGCGGGGCUUGCCUGAUAUCGAAGGGAGAGGCGUCCAGAGCUGCCCCACUUUUUGUGAAAGCGUGAAAGCUCCUGCUGUCAUUUUCCUUUAUUUUGUUCCCUUGCGUGAUAGCUUUUGGAGCACCCCCGAUUUUGCAUCGAGAAAUUCUAGUUGUUGUUUAUUGGAAAAUACGUGCCACUGCCACGCCUUUGCUCGCCUUCGAUGGGGCUUGUAUUCGAGUAUCA